UGCGUCAUAUCCUCCUAAAGUUCAACGCGGGUUCUUGCUAACACGCAGAGUUUGAGAUGACCAGAAUAAAUAUAUUUGUUCGCCAUUAAUAUCUUUAUUAGCUCUACUUUACUUGUUAUUGUAGUUGACGCCGCUCGAGUGAAGCUUUGCAAAGAUGGGAGACGAUCCGGACUCUAUUCCUGAGAGAGAGAUGAAGGACUUCCAGUUCCGUCAGAUGAAGAAGAUCCGCGUGUUUGAGUCAUCUGCGGAUCUUCCCAGGGAGCGCUCCAGUCUCCUCACCAUCUCCAACAAAUAUGGGCUGACGUUUGCUGGAAGAGACAAGACACUGAAAGUGUUCUGGACAAGAGACGUGAUUGCAGCUGGCCGUCUGGAGGGAAACCCCAAUGAAACGGCGGAGUGCUCCAGCGCUGUCGUUGUGACCGUUGAUGUGGAAAUGCAUCACAUAGCUCUGAGUAGCGACGAGCUCACGCUGUCUGUGUGCGGGACGGGGGACACCGCGGAGCUCACGCUGGACUUCUACGAUGUCCGCACCUUCCUCAACAAGCAGAACAAUCAGGACAAGCGUCCCUUCACCUCUUUCAGACCCACAGCCGCUGCAGACACCCUGGUCCAGGAUCUGAAGUGGAGUCCCGUGGACGCAUCCCGUCUUGCUGUGUGUCUGUCUGACGGCAGUAUGAUGGUGCUGGAUGUUCAGGACUCGGUCAAUGUGGUCGCUCAACUUCCUGCCUCUACAGGAAUCACAUGCGUCUGCUGGAGUCCCAAAGGGAAGCAGGUGUCUGCUGGGAAAGAGGAUGCCACAGUGGUUCAGUUCACUCCUAACUUACAGGCUAAGAAGGUGAUUCCUUGUCCUGGAUUUUACAGUCAGGAUCACCCUGUCAAAGUGCUGGACGUGUUGUGGUUGAGCACGUAUAACUUUGCAGUGGCAUACGCAGCAGCUGAUGGCUCUCUGGAGACGCCGCCGGAGCUGGUGGUUGUGUCCCUGCCUAAAAAGGACGAGAAGAGAGACGAGCGCUAUCUGAACUUCAAUGACCUGGUGUAUGGCACCUGCACCGAGAGGCAGCAUCACUACUACCUGUGCCAUAUCGAAGACUGGGAUCUGGUUUUGGCUGCAUCGGCCGCUGCUAUUGAAGUCAGCAUCAUUGCUAAACAGGAGGACAAGGUGAACUGGGAGCUGUGGUUGCUGGAAGAUGCCAGUCGAGCAGAGCUUCCUGUCACAGAGAACAGUGAGGACACACUUCCUGUGGGCAUGGCCAUUGAUUACACCAGCCAGGAGGAUAUACACCUUUCUGAUGAGAAGAGGUUGCCUCCAGCACCGACGCUGAUGCUGCUAUCUACAGAUGGAGUUCUCUGUCCCUUCUCUUUACUGAACCUCAACCCAGGGGUCCAACAGCUGACCGUGGCUCCCGUCCCGCUGCCCGAGGACGGAGAGAGAGCGCCUGCUCCCAAGUCAACCUCGUCCUCUUCUGCUCCCGUCUCUGCACCGUCCACCAUCUUCCCAUCUUUCCCCGCAUCUUCUGGCACAGCCCCGCCCCCAGCCACCUUAUCCUUCACAGCCCCACCUCCAGCAGCCACUGCUGCCACCUCCUCGGCCCCGCCCACCUCAGCGUCCUCUACAGGUUUCUCCUUCUCACUUCCUACUCUGGGCUCUGGCAGCUCCUCUGGCUUCUCGCUGGGCUCCACCUCGGCUGGUUUCUCCUUUGCCGCUCCCAAACCCUCCUCCGAGGCUGCUGCCUUCUCCUUCACUUCCUCCACGGUGCCAAAGGAGGUCAUCAGUGCUCCAACGGCCAUUCCUCCUCAGCGUCCGCCUGCCAUGUCUCCCAUCAUCAGCGGCCCCAAAGCUCCAGCGGAGCCUGCAACACCUGCCGUCAGGAUGAACCUCACUGACAGGUUUCUGGCAGUGGACUCUCUGGCAUCAGUCACAUCGACUGUCCAGCCGUUUUCUUUAACCUCCACGCCCAAACCCGCAGCAGCGGAGGUCAGUGGUCCGACGACAGCAGCGCUCAGACCAGCCGCCCCUGCAGUGUUGACUCGAGUUGCUCAAAGCAGCGCUCCUCCAGUCGCUCCGCUGAAACCAGCCGCAGUCGCUCCUCCUGCGACUAGCGCUCCGUCUGCACAGGCCGUUUCUGUGAAAGCGCUGGAAAAACACCUGCAGCAGAAGAGAGAUUCGGACCCAGUUAUGACUGGAAUACUAGAGGAGAUCGGACACUUUGAGAAGGAGCUGGACGAUUUGAAGGCUCGCUGCAGAAAUGCAGAUUUCAGGGUGGGCAGCACAGAAGACAUGAGAGACAUGAGGAAAGAAUCUGAGAACUUGCGCAUCUUCACAGUGGAGAUCAAAGACACCACAGAGUCUCUUCAUGGGGACAUCAGCAUGCUGAAGACCAACCUGCUGGAGGGUUUCGCUGGAGCGGAGGAGGCACGAGCUCAGAGUGAACUAAACCGAGACAAAGACUACCUCCAGCUGCUCUACAAGAAACCACUAGACCCACGGAGAGAGGAGCAGCUCAAGGAAAUUCGCCGCUUGUACCAGUAUGUGAAGUUUGCCAUGGAGGACGUGAAUGACGUUUUGGACGUGGAGUGGGAGAAGCACUUGGAGAAGAAGAAGAAGCAGAGACACAUGAUCGUCCCGGAGAGAGAAGCUCUGUUUGCAGCGCUGGCCAAUAACCUGGAUAUCAUCAACCAGCAGAAGCAGCGUCUGGAAAAGCUGGAGAGUGACCUGCACAAGCUGAGGCUCUACAGAGGGACACCAGUGUGGAGCUUUCCCAGCCAGACGCCCACCACACCCUCAGGACAGAGUCUGGACAGUGAACUGGAGAGUUUGAAGGACGCUCUUCUGAAGGCCAGUCUGGAAACGACACCCAAAGCUCCUGCCAAAUCACCAUCUAAAAUGACCCCAGCCAAACAGUCUCAGCUGAGGAACUUCCUGUCAAAGCGACAGACUCCACCGGUGCGCUCCACAGCUCCAGUCAACCUAUCGCGGUCAGCCUUCCUGUCUCCUCAGUUCUAUGAGGAUUUGGACGAGGUGAGCUCCAGCUCGUCUCUGUCUCAGCCUCUGGAGCCCGAGGACUCGCUGGCCGUUGCUGAAGAAGAAGACGAGCCGGCGCCCAUCCCGGUGAUGACGCACGUUGUCCCGCGACACCCCGCAGUGGUCCGGACACCCUCUAUACAACCAGGCUUCAGUAUGCAGUCCAGUCCAUUCAGCAGAGUCCAGACCGGCCCCAUACCCAUCAUCAGCCCCGUUCCGAAGAUAAACAUGGACAGUGCCGAUAGCACAGCGUUAGCCACAAAAACAGUCAAGCACGGAGCUCCGCCCACAGAAAAGAUCACGCCCACCACAAUCCCCGCCCCUCAGGCUGCGGGAAGAGCCGCCCUCAGCAGACACAUGACCAGCCAGAAACCAGGAGCGUCUCUGACAGAGUCCACACUCAAGACAGUUCCUCAGGUGGUGAACGUACAGGAACUGAAGGAUAAAGGUCCGCCCAUACCGGUGUCCACUGUCAUCAGCGCAUCUGUUCCAGCACCGGCGGCUCAGGUGGUUCAGCAGGUUCUGGCAACGGUGGAGGCCAAUAAAAAUUCAUUUCAAGGUGCAUUAAAGGUCCCAGCGCCGCUGGCGGGUUCAGCCCAGACCACAUCAUCUAGUUUUGUUUUUGGUGGAGGAGCUGCUAAACCUGAUGUAGGAGCAUCUUCAUCCAUCAGCGAGAAGAACUCAAAGGGCUUUUCAUUUACUGCGCCGUCAUCAGGGUUCAGUUUCACCUCUCAAUCACAGGACAACAACAACACUCAAGCGAAGAGUUCUGGCCUACCAGGCAAGUUCUCUUUUGCAAGCAGCACGGGAGCAAAGAUGACGUUUGGUCCUGGGGGGUCUGAGGAGCCUUUUUCAUUCACUCCAAGCGUGAGCUCCUCUACACCGCCUCCUGAGCCAUCUAAACUCCCUCAAGCUCCUAAAACCCAAGGCAAUGCUGGAGAAACUCUCGGCUCCUUUUCUGGCUUAAGAGUGGGCCAAAGUGAAGAAGUAAAGGAAGCUCCAAAGAGCACCUUGAGUUUCUCCUUUGGACAGCCUGGCAAUGGAUCCACAGGAUUUGCGUUUGGUUCACCGCAAAUCAAGUCUGCGGAAACUGGAAGUUCAUCAGAACCAACAGGCGCUGCAGCAGAGGCUCCAAAGACCACUACAGCACAAGGAUUUGGCACAUCUACAUUCACCUUUAAACCACAGGAAGGAAAUACUCCCUCAAUAAAGCCAACUUUCACCAUUCCCUCGACGUCUUCCUUUUCAACAGCUACCACUUCUUUUGGCAGUCUUCUGCGAGCACCUCUGUCAGAGACGCAGACUCUUCCCACAAUGCCCCUCCAGCCAGAGACAACGACUUCAAUUGAGCCGGCUCCCUCCACUGAUACUGAACCUAAGGAACCUCCAGCAGAACCCAGUCCUAAACCGCCAACCUUAAGUGCUCCAUCAGCCUUACCAGUCAUUGAAGCCACUGCUCCCACCAGUACCGAGCCCAUUGCAGCUACUUUCAACAAGCCCCCAACUCCUCCAACUCUUGGGGUCUCGCCCACACCUCCUCCCUCAGUUACCCCACCAUCUGAGACGCCGGUGCCUGUUUCCGAGCCUCCUGCAGCAGAACCAGUCUCUGAUCCUCUCCCCGAGACCACCAGCACUUCCACAGUCACUCCUGCACCCCAAGAGACACCAGCAACCACCUUGUCUUCAGCUCCAGUGUCUGACAAACCAGGCUCAAUCUUUGCCCCACCUUCAAGUGGCACAGACAGUCUGACAGUAGGAGCCAUCAGUCUUACCAAUGUCGUUGCUACAGUGGCCUCCUCUGUCCCAUCUGCAGCCAUCACCACCAGCACAGCUCCAACACCAGCCCCAGUUUUCGGACAACCCACUUCAGUCGGUCAGACCACAGGGUUCGGAUCUACCGUCUUUGGGGCCAAUUCUGCCACCUCUGGCUUUGCCAAACCUGCCUUUGGACAGAAUCCCAGUGCAGGGUUUGGCCAGCCUGCAGCCUCUGGCUCUGCUAGCGGCUUCACUUUUGGUCAGUCGGCGUUUAGUGCAAGUCCUGGUUUUGGGCAGCCAGCCACAGCCGCCACCACAUCGGCCACCAGCAGCGGAGGAGGAGCACUGUUCGGAUCCUCUAGCGCUAACAGUGCCAGUUCCUUCUCCUUUGGAGCCAGCAGCACCAGCUCCGCACCCAGCACUGGCACUGGGCUCUUUGGCCAGAGCAGCGCUCCUGUCUUCGGACAGCCCACCCCAGGCUUUGGCCAGGGAUCAGUGUUUGGGAGCAACACCACCACAGCGUCUUCCUCUGGUUUCGGCUUCGGACAGCCAUCAGUGUUUGGCAGCGGCACCGCCAACUCAUCAGUGUUUGGACAGCAGGCCGGCGGUACCAACGUCUUUGGGCAGGCUCAGUCCAGUGGAAGUCUGUUCGGGUCAAACACUGGAAACGCUUCAUCAGGAUCAGGGUUUUUCAGUGGUCUUGGAGGAAAACCCAGUGAAGAUGCUGCCAACAAAAACCCAUUUGGAUCACCAGCCACAGGUGGAUUCGGUCAACCCGUUAAUACAGGUUCUUCUAAUCUAUUUGGGAACAGCGGAGCAAAGGGCUUUAGUUUCGGCAGCAGUUCAUUUGGUGAACAGAAACCCAGUGGUUCGUUCAGCUCCGGUACAGGGUCUGUGGCUGCACAGGGCUUCGGGUCGUUUUCUACACCCACCAAACCAGCCGCUGGUUUCGGGAGCGCGCCUGUCUUCGGAAGUCCUCCUACUUUCGGCGGAUCUCCAGCGUUCGGCGGGUCCGCUGGGUUUGGCUCCGCCCCUUCCUUCAGCAGCCCGAUGGGCUCCACCUCAGGGAAGGUGUUUGGUGAGGGAACCACAGCCUCCAACGUCGGGGGAUUCGGGUUUGCGUCUCCUCCAAGUGCGCCGUCGUUUGGCUCUCUAGCGGGUUCAACUGCGGCAGCGCCGCCGUCGUUCGGGAGUCUGGCACAGCAGCAGCAGCAGCAGCCGCCGCCACCGUCGGGGUUCGGCAAUCAGAGCGGUGCUUUCUCCGGCUUCGGCUCGUCUGGAGGUUUUGGAGGUUUUGGAAACACCAACACCAACCAACCCUCGUCUCAGACGUUCGGCAGUUGGAGGAGUUGAUCUGCGGACGCCAUCCGAUCUGAUCUGAUUUUAUAGUGCGCGCGCAGGAUUGAAUAUGCAGUGAACACUCAUGUUCUUAACGUGUGCUGAUGUCCGACUGUUUUAUGUUCAGUGUGUUUCUUCUGUUUUAACUACACAAUGAGAAAUAAACUCAAGUGCUAUUGACCGUACGUCUCA